CGACAAGGCACCCAAAUACCACCAACGACAGUCCUGAUUGCCUAACUAACGCCCACUGAACCGACCAGCAAGUCCAGGUGUCUCAGAAACUACAGCUGGCUGAAAGACUCGAGGGCCGAAUGAAACCUUCAUGAAUCUCGCUUGCUGAGAGAGGUGUUGCAAGUCGACCACAGGCCAAUUCGGCCGCCCUUCUUUACCAUAUGCCACAAUGACGAGACGGAUAGUACGAACUGGGAUUCAGCUAGGGAUUAUUGGGACUGUUGCCCUGAUCCUAGUGAUUUUCCUCGACAACCGAUAUCGAGUCCUUCCGAAUGCCAUUCAUAACCACCUUCCAGCUCAUCACCCAGGCUUCGUUGUCACAGACUUGACUGUUGUGACCUGUUCAUCUCUCAACCCGUUCAGUCGAUGCACCCUCGAAGGCGAAUAUUGGCACCGCAUCAAUAAAGAUCUCUACUUGGGCAAAGGUUUCAUCUCCAAAGCCUACCUCCACGUUGAGCGCAAACGUGAAGAAGACCUCGCGCUUCACGAAGAGCUUGUUUUCGAUGUCAAGGUCGGGCGCAUUCAACCGUCUACUGCGGACGCAACAUCAAAGGAUAUUAGGUGGGAGUCCAGACCUAGUGGGAUCUGGAUCAAAAAAUCAUCCAAACGACAUAUCUCGGAUCCCAAAGAAGUCAUCACUGGUAUCGAUGUACUCUUCGGUGCCGAUGCCGCAGACCCCCGCUCUAACUGGGCUGUACAAAGUAUCCCACUCCUUAUCGACUCGUCGGAUGGCAAUGACCCUCAACCGCACUUGACAAUCCGCAAAGGUGCCGCCAUCAAGGUCGAGAAACCAGUGCCUCGCAUCCGGAAAGAUGGCAAGUUUAAGAUUAUGCAAGCUGCCGAUUUACAUUUAGCGACCGGAAUUGGCACAUGUCGCCAUGCUCUGCCCGAAGGGCAACCGUGCGAAGCUGAUAUUCGCACCCUCGAAUUUGUCGAACGACUUCUUGAAGACGAGAAACCCGAUUUCAUCGUCCUUAGCGGUGACCAAGUGAAUGGCGACACAGCGCCAGACGCACAAUCUGCCAUCUAUAAAUAUUCUGCCUUGUUCGCCCGGCAUAAAAUCCCAUAUGCAGGUAUUUUCGGAAACCAUGAUGAUGAAGGAAAUCUGAAUCGCGCUGAAUCCAUGGCAAUCAUGGACGGUCUGCCCUAUAGUCUCUCCACCGCGGGACCUGAAGAUGUCGAAGGAGUGGGAAACUACGUGGUGGAGAUUCUCGGACGUGGAUCGACUUCCCACUCAGCCCUCACCCUCUAUAUGCUCGACACGCAUUCCUACUCGCCUGAAGAAAAGAAAUAUCACGGCUACGACUGGCUGAAACAAUCACAGAUUGACUGGUUCAAAUCUACAUCACAGUCCCUGAAAAGGAAACACAAGGAAUACACGCACAUUCACAUGGACUUGGCUUUCAUCCACAUUCCACUCCCCGAAUACCGCAACCCGGAUAAAUUAGUCUGGGUAGGCAACUGGACAGAACCACCGACCGCUCCUGCAUUCAACUCCAACUUCAAAGACGCAUUGAUCGAGGAAAAUGUCCUUGUUGUCUCGUGUGGUCACGACCACGUCAAUGAUUACUGCUUACCAGCCAAUAACAAGGAUAAAAAGGCCGCCUUGUGGAUGUGCUAUGGUGGCGGUGCAGGGUUCGGUGGUUAUGGUGGCUACUACGGCUAUCAUCGUCGGAUACGAUUCUUUGACUUUGACAUGAACGAGGCGAGGAUUUCCACUUGGAAAAGAAUGGAAUGGGGUGAUACGAAGAGUAGGAUUGAUGAACAGAUCAUCGUGGAUGGUGGAAGUGUGAUUACGGGCAUGUAGAUGGACGCUUGACUCGAAGCCGUCGAUAUGGUUUGAUCUUUGCCCUGGGAUACGUGUGUGACAGUAAGUGUACGUGCAUUGCGAGAGGCGUUUAUUGGUUAGUAAACAGUUCACGCGAUUUGCGGGACAGCUGUCUUAAAAAUGGUUGUGGAGGAUACACCACGUAUAGGGAUGGGUUGAAAGGGUCGAGCACAGAGAUUACCUGGGACGAAUACAGACUUGUAAGAUAGCUCCUGUCUAUAUCUCUGACUUGAUGAAUGCAUUUGUUUCUAAGUAUGGGCCCUCCCGAUGUCUAGGUAGAACAGCC